AUGAAGGAGCCGCCCACCAAGCCGAUUGCGGCUGAGACCAACGCCGAGGCGGAGGACGGUUCGGGCGGGCUGAGGCAGCUGCUCGGGCUGAAGGGUGCGUCGGUCGACGACGGCAAAUCCUUCCUCAACUGGAAGAUCCGGCUGCAGCUCAUGAAGCCUGCGACCUGGAUCCCGCUCAUCUGGGGCGUGGCGUGCGGCGCCGCGGCGUCGGGCAACUACCACGCCAUCUGGAACCUCUUUGGCGCCGCGCCGACGACAGACUCGUGGGGCGUGGUGGGCGAGGACACGCUCAAGGCGGUCGGCGCCAUGCUUCUCUCCGGCCCCAUCCUGUGCGGCUUCACGCAGACCAUCAACGAUUGGUACGACCGCGAGCUCGACGCAAUCAACGAGCCGAACCGGCCGAUCCCGUCGGGCGCAAUCUCCGAGGCGGAGGUCUACUCGCAGAUCGCGGCGCUGCUGAUCGGCGGCCUGGUCCUCGCGACCCGCCUCGACUCGUGGGCCGCCAACGACUGGCCAGUCAUCACCCUCAUCGCCUCGUUCGGCUCGCUGAUGGCGUACAUCUACUCGGCGCCUCCCCUCAAGCUCAAGGCGGAGGGUUGGCUCGGCACCUACGCGCUCGGCUCGUCGUACAUUGCGCUGCCGUGGCUGUGCGGGCACGCGAUGUUCUCCGCCUCGACGAUCACGCCGCAGGAGGUCGUGCUAACGGUGCUCUACUCGAUCGCCGGCCUCGGCAUCGCCAUCGUCAAUGACUUCAAGUCCAUCGAGGGAGACCGCGCCCUCGGGAUGAACUCGCUGCCCGUCGCCUUUGGGAUCGACACCGCAAAGUACAUCUGCGUCGCCUCGAUCGACCUCACGCAGCUCGGCGUGGCGGCCUACCUCUACGCGAUCGGCGAGACGACCUACGCGGCGGUGCUCUUCGGCCUCGUCCUGCCGCAGAUGUUUGCGCAGCUCACCUUCAUCCAGGACCCCGUGGCCAACGACGUCAAGUACCAGGCCGCCGCGCAACCUUUCCUAGUCUUUGGCAUCCUCUGCACCGCCCUCGCCAUCGGCCACCACACCUUCUGAGCACCGCCCUUCUACAUACCCGGGCCUCCGCGGUUGCGCGGCCGGAAAAAACCCCGGAGACUAGUAGAGAUGGGUUAACGGCAGUCGUGCGCGCCGCGCGGUCUGGCGGUCACCGGUCAGGGCGGUCUCCGUCCGUCUCUCUCUCGCGCGACCGCCGUGUCCCGCGCGUCGGACGCUUCUCGUCUCGCGAGAAGCGGUCUCGCGAUUUUACUUGAGAAGCGGUGUGUCUGCUUACAGUUUCC